UUUUCUUCUCCAUUCAUGCGCACAUGUAGUUGACUUGACAAUGUUGACAGUGAGAAGGGGCUCAUUUUCAAGCAUAAUUUCUAGUCGUGAAUUUCUAAAUGGAGUUCACUGGGAUACAUUGUAAGAAGUUAACACAAUGAAUGAUGAUGCUUUUGACGCAUUACGUCUGCCCUGUCACCUACCAACAUGGCAUGUCAUACGAGAUGGUUUGGAAAACUUGAAAAACUGUGUCCAGGAUCCUACAUGCAGUUUACGAGAAUGGGCCACAAAGCAUCAGGAAAUAGUCAAUCUUUGUAAAGAAGAAUCAGAAUCUUCAUCUAGAAUACAUUUUAAAAGUUGUGUUUUCUAUGGUUUAGUGGAGUUUUUACAGAAGACAGCAUCUCAAGUUGAGAAGCGAACAUUUCUACGUUCUACAUUCCCAGCUAUAGUUGAUUUUGCUUUAGAACUUCCAAAUGUUGUUCCUCUGAGUGGUGUACUAUAUAGUAGACAACAGAUAGGUAGUGAAACUGUACUUAAUAAGCAGUGCGUUGCCAGUAUACUAGCCAGUGGAUUUCUAUGCUUAUUUCCAAGACAGUGUAGAGGCCCUAGGAGAAAGCUCAAUGAUAUUAACUUUACUCAUUUUUUCAAGUUUCUUCCAGAAUUAUCAUCUCAGCAAGCAAAAUUGAGAUGUGUUUUGAAUUACUUUGAGAAGGUAGCUGACAGAAGAUUUGAAAUUCAGGGCAGUGUUACAUUUGUUAGACAGGUAAUUCCAUGGGAUGAGCUACCUUGUAUGGAUACAUGGUUGAACUGUGAUGUAGAGUUAUGUCCCCUUAUAGUUCAUCAGGAUGGUAUUAUAGAAGAUGCGGGAUGUAGUGCAAUAGAGGUUGACUUUGCAAACCAAUACAUUGGUGGAGGGGUAUUAUCUAAAGGCCGUGUACAGGAAGAAAUAAGAUUUUCUGUUUGUCCAGAGUUGUUAACUUCAAUGCUAUUUAUGGAAGUUAUGGAGGACAAUGAAGCCAUAAUUUUACAAGGUUAUGAACAGUUUUCAAGGACAAGUGGAUAUGCUAGUAGUUUAGAAUAUGAAGGAGAUUUUACAGAGGCAACAAUGGUGGAUGAACAUGGAAAUUUAAUGACUACUUUAUGUGCAAUAGAUGCUGUUAGAUACAGAAACAAUGCAAAAUGUCAAUACUCAGAACAGUAUUAUCUUAGAGACCUGAACAAGGCAUUUGUGGGAUUCUCAGCUAAAGUAGAUAGGGGGACAACUGUAUAUCCCUGUGAACAGUUAGCAAAGAGAAUGUUAUCACAUGACCGAUCAGAAAGUAGGAAGGAGUCAGCAAGUGAGGAGGAAUACAUGACGGCUGCUGAGGAGGAAUUAGAACAACAGGAGGAAACCAAUACUAGCAAUGUUCCUUCAUCUCUGUUGAACUACGCAGAUGGUUUAUUGGUAGAAAUAAUGUCCUCUGCCUUGCUGGAAGCAGGUUCUGAAAUGUCAGGGAAAGGUCAAACACAACAAGUUCAUAUAGACACUAAAUUUUUAGAGGAAUCAUCUUCAUCAACUUCGACCAAUGAAAAGCCACCACCAGAUGAUGGCAUGGACCAUUUAGAUGUUGAUUUAAAAGACUGGUAUUUGCGUCUGAGACGUAGAAGUUCAAAUCUCAGUGAUGUAGGAUCUAGACGAAGUAGUUGUAGUACUAGAUAUAGUUCUGAUUUCAGUUCAGAAUUUGAAGAAUAUUACGAGAAUUUUCAGAAACGGGAACAAUUAUUAGGGAAGCAACACACAAUUAAAGAAGAGACUUUUCAUCCUUUAGUUGGAGAGUUUGCUGCAAGUUUAGUGUCAUCCAUAUUGUUUGAGGGUACAACUACUGCUGCCAAUGUUUUACAGUCAAUGUCCCCUACCAUGACUGAAUUUCAUAACAAUGCACCUUUAUCUGUGAUAAAUAAACCCAAAGCAAGAAAACUUUCAGAAGAGGAAUCUUCGGGGAACCCUGAAGAGGGUUCUCAAAUUUCCAUUGUAGCAGCAAGAAAGUUUGCCCAUGAUUUUAUGGAUAGAAUAUUUUGUGACGACUUUUUCAGAGAUGAAAUAAGACAAGAAUUUCAUAAUUUUUUUUCAGAAUCAAACAUUCCAGUAUCAACUAGUCAAAAUAUUUCCAGUAUUUCUGGUGCUAAGCAUCAAUCAUGUACCGCUGACUUAGAACGAGAAGAAGCAGAUAGACGCUGCCAUGAAAUGGCAACGAAUAUAGUUUAUGAUGUAAUGAGUGAGGCAGUAUUGAAAUAUUUAACUGAGGAUGAUGAUAGAUUUGACAUGAAUGAGGACGACACAUUGAAUAGAUCAGUAUCAGAAUGUUCUUCAUCUCCUUUUGAUAGCUAUUCCAACCAUUCAGAAUCUCCUAGUGUAAAACACUUUGGUGAUUCAGAUUUUUUGCAACCGAUAAGUAGUAUUCAUUUAUAUGGAGAUGAAUCAGUUGAACUGACAGAUGAUAAUUCUGAUUCAACUCUCGGUAGUAUUCCAUCAUUAACAGUUUCUGCAGAUAAAGUUAGCAAUAGCAUUCUUGUGAAAAAUAAUAUAGAAAGAGUCAAAAGUCCAACUAUAGAUAUAAAAGGUAGGAGAAAGCACAAUACUGAUGGCUUUAUUAAUAAUCAAAGACCUACUGAAGUGAAAAUUGACCAAUAUGUGGGCAAAAAUCAAAGAAAAGUUAGCUUUUAUGCAAGUUCUCUCUCAAGAGACCUUUUGACAACUGCUUUUGUAGAAGUACAAAGAAACACAAAUGGUGGAAGCUACAUUAGACGUAGCAGUGAACCUCUACAAAUGUCUAAUAAAGCUGCUAGGCAGUUAAAAGAUUCAAUAAAUGGAAGUGAUGGACCAAAGAAAAAGAUCAGUAGAACUGAUGAAGAUAUUGCCAUUCUAAAAGCAGAGAUUUGUGAAGAUGGUCGUAACUCUGUUGAUUUCACCAGAAAGUAUAGAAGAGAGUCAUGUGGUUUUCAUGAUGAAACUUUAUCAAAGUUUGCUGAGGAGCUAAUGAAGACAGAAUGUAAAAUUCCCGAACUAUAUCUAUUUGAUUCUUCAAACAGGAGUACAAGUGGUUCAUCUAGUCAUUCAUGGCGUAGCAGCAUAAGUGGUUUUAAAGAUGAGACUUUAGCCAAAUUUGAAGAACAGCUACUCUUAGCUGGUAGACAAAAAUCUAGGGGAAGUCUUAAAAGAAGGCGAUCAGCAAAAUCUUCUAAACAUUCUAAAAGCAAAUCAUCAGAGAGACUGACUGAAAAAAGAGGUAGUAAAAGUUCAUUGUAUAGCCAACAAGGUCAAUCAGUAGGUAGUGAAACUUCAUUGUAUUCCUUGUGUUCUUCCACACCAAGUCCACCCUUGGAGGAGUUAUCUAACUUUGCUGAACAACUUUCUCAUAAUAUAAUAGCAGAAAGUUUUAAGGUCAUGUUUGGUGGAGCAGUGCCAACUUGUCAAACUUCAACUUCUUAUAAAAAUUAUAAUGUCAAUAACUACGCUGAAAAAAUUGCUGCUGAAAUAAUGUGCCACGCUUUUUCUGAUAUAAAAGAUAAUAAUGAUUGGAUACAAAGGCAUCCAAUCAGCGAGAAGGAAAGUGAGGUGAAAGGUGAAGAUGACUCACAUAGCCAAUCUGAUGAAUACGCUGAUGCAUUAGAUGUUCCAUAUAGAAAAUUAGAAGAAUUUGCUGAUGUUCUGGCACUUAAUGUACUACAGAGAUCUAUUAAUGUAUUUAGACGAGAAAAGGAAAGCACCAAAAGGAGAAAUAUUGGACGACCUAUUGCUACAGGUAAUUGGGGUUGUGGAGCAUUUGGUGGUGACCCUCAGUUGAAAGCUAUGCUCCAGUGGAUGGCUGCAUCUUAUGCUGGGGUGCCAUAUGUCAUGUAUUAUACUUUUCAUCACGACAAACUCAUCAAGUUACAAGAAACAGUUGAUUCCAUUUUGUCUAGAGGAUGGACAGUUUGUAAUCUGAUGCAGGCUAUUAGAAAUUACUGUUUAACCACCUACGAAAUGAUGGACCAGUCCAACUCCGACCCACCAGAUUUAUUGAAAGCUUUGUUAUUUCAGGACUUUUUUUCCAAAGAUGUAUCUUAUAACUAACACUAAAAUUGUGAUACAAAAUCUUUUUAUAUUUAUACUUCAAUGUUUUAAAUAUUUUUACAUGGCUGCAGUAAAAAGAAAGGAAUGUGUAUUAAUGACAAUACUUCAGGUAGUUGAUUUUACUACCUGGUUCAAUAUUCUGUUUAAUUAAAUUUGAUUUGAAAGAGGUUUGCAUAAUGUGCGAUGGCAAAUAUUUCAUACAUAUUCAGGACAAACAACUAAAUUACAAUUUCAUGAUAACAUCCUUGACAAAAAUUGGUAAAGGAAUCAUAACUUUUAAAACAUUCAAAGGCAAAGUGCAAUUUUAUAUAUGUAAAGCCAUAUGCAAUGAGUUUGUUAUAUGUAUUUUGUAUGAAUACAUGCUCCUUAGGUUAUUUUUAACCUGCACAACAUUUGCAUUACAACCAUGAAAGAUUGUGAAAACACAAUGAUAACGUAUUGUCUGCAUCUGAUUGUAACCUCUUUCAUUGUUAUACUAUGUCCAAGAGAUGCAGAGAUGAAAAUUACUGGAAAAUAUUCUGAAAUAUAAAUAGCUUGCUGCUUUACAUAGAGGGUUUGCAGCUGCUAGGGUUUAUAUUUCUAAAAACUUUUGUCAUACAUAUUUAAUAGACACAUGCUGUGCAUGUCAUUUUAACUGAUUUACAAUUGUAUUCUUCCUCUUAGUAUCUGUUAUGCAAAGAUUUGUCAAUAGAAAUAUCAGUUCACACAUAUGUUGGUAAAAGGAUAUAUAUGAUAUAUACACAUACUUUCUAGUCUUAAAAGUAUUAUCAAAUUUUUUCUCAUAUUUACAAUUAAAUGUCCUUAAAUUUAGGCUAUAGAUAUUUUAAAUGACGGUUUCUGCAGUAUUACAAGUUUUUAUGCUAGCUUGAUACUUGAAAGGAAAAUGAACUAGACAAUCUAUUUUGUAUAUAGGUUAUAGAUGCUAUAUGUGCGAAAGAUGUGCCUGUUCUAUACCUCAAUUUAUAAUAUACUCGUCCUUCUCUAUAGAUCUUUUUAUUUUAUGUAAACAUAAGAUGUGGUAUAAUGCAUAGUAAUAAGACAACUCUCCACCAGAGAUCAAAUGACAUAGAAGUUUACAACUAUAUGUCACUGUAUGGAAUUCAACAAUGAGCAAAAUCCAUACAGCAUACUUAGCUAUAAAAGAUAACUCACUGUAAGUUAUGACAUGCAAGUUAUCAUAAGUACUUAGUUCAAUCAUGAAUUCAUAUGAAUUGUUUUUGUCCAAUAGGGAAUUUCAUUCUGGUAGCAUACCUUUAUUAAUCUUUAGUCAACUUAUUCCCAGCUUGUUUAGACGAGAAGUGUGAUAUUUAGAUAUUGUGGAGACACUUAUCUAUAAUUAAAACUAACAUGUUGACCUCUAGAUGCUUGUUUAAGUUUCAUUCUGUUAUAAAUGGAUAUCUGUUUCAGUGAUUUACCCUCCACCUUUCUUUUAUUGUAAUAUGUAAUUGCUGGUCUACCUUAUUCUUAAAUGAAUUGGCACUACAUGUUUUGCUGAUCACGGUAGUUUCUCUAUUACUGUACCAGUACUUAAAAAUAGGCUUUACCUUUUUCAAAGUUCAUGGUAAGAUAAAAAUGUCUGUCCAACAGAUUACUUGACCUUCAUCUCAUUUUCUUGGUUCAGGAUCUGUAUUCUGUAUUGUAAUUAGAUUGACCUUAUGAACUUAAACCUACUGGAAUUUCAGAAAUUAUUGCAAUGACAGACUAUUAUGUUUGUAUUAUUGCCAAAAAUACAAUGGUUGUAAUCGCAAUAACUUACUCACAUUUUGACAAAAAUUUAUAUGAACUAUACAGGAUUUUCUUCAAAAUCGCAAAAAUUAAAAUCGCAUUUUAAUCACAAUAAUAAAUAAUCACAGUAAAUUCUGAAUUUACAGUAUUCAAUUGAUAACUAUGUAAACUGUAAGACAUUUCUGUAUGUCAAUUCUUUUGGGGAAAAAUUGCAUAAUUGAAGACUUGUGUGAUAUUUUAAGCAGUAGUUUGAAAUAUAUAAAUACAUGUACUGACAGUAUUAAAUUAAGUCACAUUAGAAUCAAAAUUGUUUGUAGGCAGCCAGUCACAGCUUAUUUACUUAAAUUUGCAUUUCUUUAGUGAAAAAAGUGCUUUAGUAUUCAGAUUUUGAAAUCUUGAUACUCUAUGUUUUAUAAAAGCUAGAAAUAUUUAUUUUAUCUUAUCUUCUUCAUCUUUUGGGGGAAAAAACUUUUCCUUUUUUAAUCUAGCAGUUCUUUCUCAUAUACUAGUAAAUCAAAAUGAUGUAAAGGGUGGUUGCAAUGCUCUUUAAAUCAGAAAACACUUCAAAAUGUGCUAAAUAUGUAAUAACUUUAAAUGGUAUGAAGUGACAUACUUUCAUGUUCAGGGAAACAAAAGCUGUGAUGCUGGCAAUAAGUGUAAUAUGAAGUUCGCAGGUUUCCUUUCCAAUAUGAUAAAAAAGACCUGUUUGAUUAACUUAUUCUUGAUUUGAUAUCUAAAUAGUUAUGUAUGUUUAAAAACAUUUUGUCAAUAAAAGAAAUUAGUAUUUUUACAAAAGAUAUUUGUUAGAUCUAUGAUUUAUUUUAUAUUCUUUAUUCAUGUCUUUUUUUCUUGGACAAUAUUUAUAUAAAUUUAAUGAAUUUUUAUUUAUAUGCCAUUUUUUUUCCCAUUAAAUAGUAGCUAAAAGUAAUCACAUAUACUGGGUGGCUUGACACUGAAUAUUGAAAAUAUAUUGUUUGAAAACAAAAUCAAUGCACUUAUGAUCAAAUAAAAUUUUAAAACACCA